UUAAAGUUUCUACUUUCUUUACUGACAUGGAUGCCAAGAACCCUAAUACCCCACCAAAGAAAGUAACCCUUUUCAGACAUGUUUUUAUUCCUGUUUCAGAAACCAGAUUUGUUUCGAACACAGUGUCUUUUUCUUCGAUUAAUACCGCAGAACAGCCCGGCCAGAAACAUCCUCAAAUUCCUCGUUCUACCUUCGAGGAUGUUUCUUGUUCUUACCAUUCUCUUGUUAUGGAUGUCUGGUUCUUCUGCUGCUUCUUUCAAUCUUACAUUACCCCAUCAGCAUCCUGACCCUGACUCUGUUGCUGAUGAACUUCAAAGGACAGUCAAUGCAUCUGUAUGGAGAAGACAAAUGCUGUCCGAAUCGAAGGAUCAAACUUCCUCUUGCCUCACCGGAAACCCCAUCGACGAUUGCUGGCGGUGCGACCCGAAUUGGGCGGCGAACCGGCAGCGACUAGCUGACUGUGGUAUCGGGUUCGGCCGCGACGCCAUGGGUGGCAAAGGCGGCAAAAUCUACAUCGUUACCGACUCGUCGGAUUCGGAUCCGACGAACCCCACUCCGGGAACUCUCCGCCACGCUGUGAUCCAAUUCGAACCCCUGUGGAUAAUCUUCUCCGCCGACAUGAACAUCAAGCUCAAAUACGAACUUAUCAUCAACAACUUCAAAACCAUCGACGGCCGUGGCGCCAACGUCCACAUCACCGGCGGCGGAUGCAUCACCAUCCAUUCCGUGUCCAAUAUCAUCAUCCACAACAUCCACGUGCACCACUGCAAACCCUCCGGCAAUGCCAACAUAAGGUCGACCCCGAGCCAUGUGGGGCAUUGGGGGCUAUCGGACGGAGAUGGGAUAUCGAUAUUUGACUCGAGGAAGAUUUGGAUCGACCAUUGCUCGCUUUCAUACUGCAAAGAUGGGCUGAUAGAUGCAACAAUGGGAUCGACGGGGAUAACAAUAUCAAACAGCUACUUCUCGCACCAUGACAAGGUGAUGCUGUUGGGGCACGACGACAAGUACACGCAGGACUCAGGGAUGCAAGUCACCAUUGCGUUCAACCACUUCGGCGAGGCGCUGAGCCAACGCAUGCCGCGUUGUAGGUAUGGCUACAUUCAUGUCGUCAACAAUGAUUUCACCGCUUGGGAAAUGUAUGCCAUUGGCGGCAGUGCCCGCCCAACCAUUAACAGUCAGGGCAACCGUUACACCGCGCCGGUGGACCCUAAUGCCAAAGAGGUGACGAAACGUUUAGACACGGCGGAGACGGAGUGGGCGGCGUGGAAUUGGCGGUCGGAGGGUGAUAUUUUGGUGAACGGCGCGUUUUUUGUGCCGUCUGGUGCCGGACUUAGCACCCAGUACGGUAAGGCCUCCAGCGUCGAGCCUAAGUCGGUGGCUCUCAUCAAUCAGCUCACUAUGAACGCCGGCGUUUUCGGCGCCCCCAGGUACAAUGUAGGUCAAGGAAUUGUAUAUCAAGGGUUCAACGGUAGCAACGGUGGCGAUGACAAUAGCGAUGGCGAUGAUGAUGGCGGAUAUGGUGGUAACACUACCAUAAAUAACAAUCCAAUUUAUGGGAAUGGCGGUGGUAGCAAUGAUGGCUACCACGGAAUGAUAUUUAAAGGUGACGGAUAUAGAUCAUCAUCACUAUCGUCGUCGUCAAACUUAUGUAUCCAAAUUAUAAUAAUUUUGUAUAUAGUAAAAAAUUAUAGCAGUCUAUCGACAUUAUAGAAAAUA